UCUCACGCUAACAUUAUACAUUAUUCAUUCAGUUAAAUUAGAAGGAAAGUUGGGUCGUCAAAAUGAUGUUACUUGAUUUCUUUAUAUUUAUGUUACUGUUGCGUGGUAAUGUGGGAGAAAACAGCGAAUCCCGACGCCUUGUUUACCACAGUGGUGAGGACAUUGCCGCCGAGGUUCAGAAGUUACGCCAGGAAAUACAAGACCUGAGGGCUGAAGUGACAACAUUAAAACAAGAAAAAGGUUCAACUUAUGUCAGAUGGGGUAGAACGACAUGCAGUGGAAACGAAACAGAAAAAGUGUACUCAGGAUUUACUUCAGGAUCACCGCAUGACACGGUAGGUGGUGCGAGUUACGUCUGUCUGCCUCAACAUCCUACAUGGGCAAAAUACGUUGAUGGUAUACAAGACGUAGGUGGAUAUAUUUCCGGGACAGAAUAUCAGAUAUAUACAGCCACGUAUAGCCCAUUUCCUCAAAAUAUGCAAGACCAAGAUGCACCAUGUGUUGUUUGUCGUACCAAGCGGCCAACCACACUUAUGAUUCCAGGAAAGACAGACUGCUACCCCGGCUGGACAAUGGAAUACAUCGGGUAUCUAAUGACUGAACAUAGCACUCAUAAAGAUACCAGUAAUUAUGCAUGUGUAGAUGCGAAUCCAGAGGCUGUGUAUCACGGAGAAGCGAACAUGAACGGAAAACUGUUCUACUUCACAGAAGUAAAGUGUGGAUCUCUACCAUGUCAGGAGUAUCCGGACGGACGUGAACUGGCGUGUGUUGUUUGCUCAAAAUGAACGACCCGAGAUGAUAUAUCUGCACUCGUAUAUGUCUAAUACUUCACUUAUCAAAAUAAAUACAUUUAUUUAUGAUUCUGUUUUAAUCACGAUUCCAUUAUAUCAAUGUCUUUUCCG